AUGAUUAAAUUCGAAAUAUGGAGCUAUCCAGGAGGUCCAAAUCCAUUCAAAGUUCUCAAUUUUCUCGAGGAGUUAGGAUUUACUCAUCGUGCAGACUACAUAAUACACAACCUUGAGUUCGGGGAUCAUCCGCAAAGAGGUGUAAAAGGGGAAUUCUUCCUACGCAUUAACCCAAACGGAAGGGUACCUGCCUUGGUAGACCAUAGAAAUAACCACUUGGUCGUGUGGGAGAGUGGUGCGAUUCUUCAGUACCUCGCUAGACGAUAUGGACAAGAACAGUACAUGGGAAAAGACCUCAACGAGCAAGCCGCGGUGACGCAAUGGCUUGAUUUUCAAAUAUCCGGACACGGUCCGAUUCAAGGGCAAGUGAACUACUUCAAGCACUUUUGGAAGAGUGUUACAGGUGAGGAUCCUCCGCCUCUCGUCAUUAAGAGGUACGAGAAUGAAUGUUACCGCGUCUUCAGCGUGCUCGAAGGUCAAUUGAUCCGACAGAAGGCUGCUGGAAGUGACUUUAUUGCACUUGAUAGAUACACCGUUGCGGACAUUUCAUUCCACGGCUGGCUAAGGUUGACCAACGUCGCUCAGCUGUCCUUUGAGCAGUUUCCUCUUGUCCAGGCCUGGGUAGAGAGAAUGGAAAAGCGGCCGUCGACUCAACGUGCGGCUCUAGCACAAGCUAGUCAAGUGUAA